AUGGUCUUUCCCAGCGGUCUGCGGCCAUCCGCAACUGCUGUGGUGGGCCGGCGAGUCGUUUCGCUUCGUCUGGGACAGCAACGAUAUUACAAGUUGCUUGAACGUGGAUUCACCGUCUCUCAAGGGCCAAACCGUUUUCCUGGCGUGCGCCGACUGAAGACGAUCCCGCAAUCUUCUGUUCUUGACUGGUUCAAGAAGAGAGGCAGCUCUGCGAACGUCGAUCCUGCUACCCAAACUGCCCCAGGGCCCACAGAUUACGGUGGUACUCGCACAGACAUUAGCAAAACGGUAAGGGAAUCAGGCACGUCAAGUUCUCAGAAUCUGUCUGACGUUCAGUUCCCGAGCUCGGGUACUCCGACCGACAGGGAAGAGCGGUCAAAAAAGCACGCGGCAUUUCCUUCCACACACGUUCACGGAGAAACAGAAGGGGAAAUGGACGGCGCGGAGAGAGGCAACAACCCUCAGGACAAGCAGAUUACUGUUGAAGGGAUGCCCCAAACGGAGACAGGACCUCAGCCACCGGCAUCGGCAGACGCUGAUGCGCGUGAAGGGAAGUCCAGCUAUCCACCUUACAUGUAUCCUAUGGAUCCGGAUGAGCAGCCGAAGGGCCCACCAGAACCACCGCAGAAGCGGAGCAGCGGCCACCAUGGAAAGCAUCCGAAAUAA